AAUAAAAAGAAAUUACAGUCUGUUACUUUUUCAUUAUCUGAGCACGUUUAAAAUUGACAGAAUUUGUUACUUCAUAUUUUAUAAAAGUAAGCUCACGUUCAAAUAUCAUUAACAAAAAGAAGUAUGUCAAAAAUGAACAGUAAUCAGGUUGUUACCAAAUACGUUUUAUAUUUAUCAAAUUCUCAACACAAGUCUAAGAAACGCAGGUUGGGUAAAUGCCAAGAAGCAAAGCAUGAUAUUUGUGUACCUACCAAAAGAUCAAAAGAAAGCAUGGAGAAGUUAAAGAACGUUACAAAACCAUGCUUACAUAUUACAAUUAAUGAAAUUGAUGCAUUUUUCUCUUUGUUUGAGGAUAAUACCAUACAAGAAUUUUUGGCACUGGAUUCUUGUUUUCGAAUAUCUGACAAGUAUUUGCUUGCAAUGGUGCUGACUUAUUUCAAGAGAGCUCAUCUACAUGUUUCAGAAUAUAAUGUUAUCAACUUCUUUACUGCACUGUAUUUAGCAAACGAUAUGGCGGAAGAUGAAGAAGAGUUUAAAUAUGAGAUAUUUCCUUGGGCGCUUGGUGAGGAAUGGAGAGACUUGUAUCCAGGUUUUCUCGCACAGAGAGAAAAACUAUGGAGGAAAAUGAAACACAGAGCAUCAGUCAGUAGAAAAUGUUGUGAGGAGGCAAUGGAGAUACAAGCUGAUCAUGAGAUAUGGAGCAGAGAACGCAAUGAAGUGCACGGUGGGGCCAAAAGAAAUCAUUUGAAAUCUAAAGAAGAAAAAGAACCUUUUCCACGAGGGCCUGGUCGUUCACCAAUACCUUGUUCAAUAUGUGUUAAGAUAAAUAACAGUAGUGGGUAUUAUUCAGACGACAGCAUUAUAUCUGAUGACAUGAACAUUCUCCAUGUUUCAACUGAUUCUUCACCAGAUGAAUACUUCACUCAUAGAAAUAUUGGUUCAAAGCCCAGGUUGAAAUCCAAGGAUAUUGAAAGGGGUGAUGCAGAGGAAUCAAGUUUUGACAUGGAGAAGCUUUGGGAAACUUUGUCAUGAAGUAAUUUGCUGCAAGCAUAAAAUUGUACAAAAACUUCUCUUCGUGUCUGGCAUAUUCUGUUUCAUUUACCUUUCUUUUGCAGUGCUUUACCUUUUAGUAUGAACAAGAAAUCCCCCCUGCUUCGCUGCAUAAAAAGUGUUAAUUUUAGUUUAAUGUGUUUAUAUUUAUUUCAAUACUGCCAAGAAUAUACAAACAGUACUGCCCCAUAUAAGUAUAUAAUAGUUGCAUUUAUAAGCACUUUCUUCUCUGUACAAUAUCCUGUUGUUUAGCAAUGAACUAUUGAUUGAUUUUGUUGUUUUACACAUUUGGACAACUUAUCUCAACCAUCCAAUUUUUAUUUUGUUAUCUUAUUAGUUCUUCCUUUGUAUAAAUUGACUUCUGUCGAUAAAAAUAUAUUACGUUUACUAAUAGUUGUGGGAUUUGUUUUUAACUGCAAGUGGUAUAUACAAAACACUGCCUUUUUAGGGAUAAAGCUUUUUAAGUUUUGGUUAUGCAUGAAAUAUAUUUCUAACAGAAGUAAUAUGUAUCGUAUGGUUAUUCGCACUUUUGGUGUUAGGGCGAAUUCCCACCAAUGAAGCUUUAAACAAAGCGCUUUCCAGAUGAAACGCUGUUUGUUCUAUUGUUCGAUACGCACCAAUGCGGCAAGGCACGCAAAAUGCAAGUUUAUGAAACUGGAGCGUGCGUGCGCUACUUUUGCCUCGUGCUUAAUCUCGCUUUUCACUGUAAAUAUCGGUAGAAACGCUCGUUUAGUGCAAUUUCUAUACUAUUUUACCCGAGAUUUUGACAAAAAUGACAUUAAGUACGCAUAGUAUAGAGAAGUUGAUUGAAGAAAUUCGUGCACAGUCGGAUAUAUAUGAUGCAAAAAAGUCCAAAGUACAGCAACCGUGAUUUUCAAGAUAUAAUUUGGAAAAAGAUUGCAGCAGAAAUUGGAUAUGAUGUGAAUACAUGUAAAAAGCAAUGGACACUCUACAAAACACAUAUGCACAAAAUUUAAGAGAAAAUAAAGUUGGGCAAAGUGAUUCAGGUACAUCAAUGAAACGUCAAUGGUAUUUGGCAGACAAAAUGUCUUUCUUACAACCAUUUAUUAAACACAGGAGCAUGUCUGGAAAUGUGUCCGUUGCUACACCAACAGCGACUGUACCAGUAGAUAUUGACCUCACCUGCAAUGAACAACCUUCUCCAGAAGAUUUUUAUAUUGGAGCAAUACCAGCAGAAGGAUUUGAAAUUUCUAAAAGCAAUGAGCUUGUUUGCAGUUCAACCCCUGUCUCUGAUAUGGCAGCAAAAAAGAUCUGUACAGAAAACAAAAAGCAGACAAAAAAGCUGAAAUAGACAAUGCAGUUUUGGAGUUUCUUAAGUCGAAGUCCACAGCCGGCCAAGAUCAGGGUUAUUAUUUUGCAAUGAGUUUAAUACCUCACUUUAACAGAAUGGAAUAUAAAAAAUACCUUAAGGUUCAGUGGGAAAUAAUUAGACUGAUUGAACAGCACAUAGACUGAUGCUGAACCAGAAUAACAAAUUGGCAAUGGGACUUUACAAUGUAAAUAUGUAUAUAUGUUAUUUUGCAUGUAACUUCACCUUGCCAUUUAUGUUUAGUUUCGAAUGUUUAACAAGUCUCUUUUUAUCACUGUUUAGUCUUUAGAUAACAUCGUGCUGACCCUUUAAAUUUGUUUUAAAACAACCAUAACUUAUUUUUUUACGUUAAACUUUUUAACCUCAACAUCAUGUAAUUUUUAAUGAACAAACUUGUGUUUCAAAGUAAAUGUUACUUGCCUGUCUAAACCAAUACAUUCCGAAAUUCUAUUUCAUAUUGUGUUCACUAUGUUAUGCAUGUAACACCGUGUUUAUACCUAGUUCUAUUAUUAUUCAUAUCAUUCUCAUUGUUCAUACUAUCAUACAAUGUCAAAUAUGUCAUUCAGUACCACAUGUUUAGUUUUUUAUCUAAAUCCUCAAUGCAUGCCUGUAGCAAUUUCUAUUUUGCAGUGUUGUCAAAGCCAUAAACUGAAGCAAUUUAAGUAAUUUUAUGUAGGUUUUAUUUACAGUAUUAGUGAUGAAGUUGGUACAAGAACUAGCAUUCAAUUAUUACCUCAAACUUCAUUAGUAAAUUAUGUUGUUAAUACCGUAUUAUAUUUGCAGAGACGAGUUAAUACACUUAACUAAAUUAGACAUUUAAA